GAUUUUAAAUCCAAGAUGUUUCAAAUGUUCUGCAAAUCGACGAUUGGUCUUACUUCAACAACUGCAGCAUCUAGUUCAUGAAAAAAAUGGUUGUCCUAAUUGACAAGUAUUUAUGAAAUCAUGCGAGGCAAUAUGUUUACGUGCAUAUUUAGCGAGAUACAAAAUCUUUCAUACCUAGGAUUUUGGGUUCUCAAAAUAAGUAAGGUUAUUUGACUAUUCAUAUCGUCCUUUAUUUAAGCAUUUUUGUAUUCCGUCCUCGUAUCAUUAUUUAAGUGGAGCACUGUAAUCAGUGAGCAGCAAUCGAAAAAAAUGUUUAUGACUUCCACACACCCACUCGACAUGUCGAAAAGUAGUAAACUGAAUUGAAAAACUCUGGCUGAUGAUUGAAGGGUUUUAUUCGAAACGGCUUGUGUCGACUAAAAAUAAAACGUGUUACUUCCAUAAUGUAUGUAAAUGGAUAUGUCUAUGUAGCUACUCACCUUGAAACAAAAUCCGACGCUGGGAUCAAUGGAUCAAUACAAAAUCGGUACAUAGUCCGAGGAAAAAUGAAAAAUUACAUUUGGCUUUAAAUCUUUUGCUUCAGUCUCAUCCAAGUUCGCACUUGAAAUCUACUUAUCUAUCUUACUUUUUAAGGAACAUGGCGUUGAGCUCAAAGGAAACAGAGGCUGCCAGAUUUGUGUUUUCAAUUUACGACUUUGACUCCAAUGGCAUGGAUGCAUUUUAUCUUGGUCCUGCCCUAAGAGCGUUGAAAUUAGCGCCAACACUUUCAACUAUCUCCAAGUUUGGCGGAACACAGCGAAAAGGACAAGCGUCCUUUAAUUCAGAGGAAUUUAUUGCACUUUAUGCAAAAGUAAAAGAAAGCGUUGAAUCUGGAACAAUGGAGGACUUUUUGGAGUGUUUAAAGAUCAAUGAUAAACAUGAGAGUGGGACAAUAUCGACGUCUCAUUUGACACAUCUCUUACAAUCAUAUGGCGAAAAGUUGAGUGACGAUGAAGUUGACGAAAUUAUUCGAGAUUGCGGUAAUCCACAAAACGGCGUCAUUGAAUAUGUUCCAUUCCUUGAGAACCUUUUAAGUGAAUCAGAACAGAUAAGUCCAGUUGAGGAGGUUGGGAAAUUAAACACCUCUUCAGUCAUAAAUGAAGGUUGUACAGGGGAUGUGAAACCAACUGAUAAGGUAAAACUAAAAAUACAAACGCAACGACCAGUUCCGGAUGAGGUCAACAAUCCAGAGCCGCAAACUCCGAAAUUAUCAGACGCUGCUUUCUCUCUGAAAACUACUAAAUCAAAGACCACGAGUAUUUCCGAUAUGGAAAAUGCAAAGAAAGCAGCAACUGCGGCCGCUGAAGCUGUACUGAAGCCGAAAAAUCAAAUGCCAUUAAUAAAAAUAAAAACCCAGGGAUUGAUUGGAAACAUGGUUAAAAAAUAAAUAAAUGAGAGACACCGUAACAGGAAUAC